AGGAAGUGACGGCAACAGCAAUAGUAACAUUUAAUAUUACAAGCAACAGUCUUCGUGGUAUCUGUCUUGCAUCUUAAAUUUACUAUUAAUAACAAUGUCUUCGGAUUUUGAAGCCUACGAACAGGAGUUUGGGACUCUUACGGCAGAAAUCACCAACAAAGUUGGUAGAAUACCAAAACUAAGUGGAGAGGAGAAGACGCAGCUGGUUCUAAAUGUCGACAAACAGCUUGAAGAAGUCAGAGAGCUGCUGGAGCAAAUGGACCUGGAGGUGCGCGAGGUGCCUGUCCAGAGUAGGGCCAUGUACAGUACCCGUCUGAAGAGCUACAAACAGGAGAUGGAGAAGCUGGAGAAGGACUUUAAAAGGUCACGCAUUGCCUACAGUGAUGAGGUGCGGAACGAGCUCCUCGGGGAUGACGGGGGCUCCUCUGAGACUCAGUUGAUAAAGUUGCGUGAAGAGAGAGCACAUCUGUUGGACAACACAGAGAAGCUGGAAAGGUCAUCUCGGAGACUGGAGGCUGGCUACCAGAUAGCUGUGGAAACCGAGCAAAUGGGACAGGAGAUCCUGACCAAUCUCCACAGCGACCGCGAGAAGAUCCAGAGGUCCCGAGACCGGUUGAGGGAGACCGAUGCCAACCUGGGCAAGAGUUCACGUGUCCUCACGGGCAUGCUCAGAAGGGUCAUUCAGAACCGCAUCCUGGUCUUCAUCCUGGGCUUCAUCCUCUUCCUCACCAUCAUCCUGGCCAUCUAUUUCAAUCUGCGAAGUCGCUGAUCUCCUCCUGGCUGGCUGCUGUGUGUGCGUGCGUGUGUGUGUGCAUGUGUGUGCGCGUGUGUGUGUAUGUAUGCAUGUGUGUGCGCGUGCGUGCGUGUGUGUGUGUGAGUGAUUAAUAGCGACAAAAGCGGCCUGGAGUAAUUAGGACAAAUUGUUCACAUGAAUCAUUCCUGGUAGCAGUGACAGGUGAUCCCGUCUCUGCUGUGUCCUGCGGAUCUGAGCGCGACCGGGUCUGCUCCCUGCUCCCGUCCGCUCCCUUCAGCUAGGACUUUACCGAUCCUUCUGCAUGGGAUCUCCAUCUGAGCCGCCCGCAUGAAUGGACACACGGAAAUAAGACGCAGGAAUUACAACACGAACAGGGAGGGAGAAAGAAAGGGUUUCAUUAUUACCUCCUGCUGUUAGGUUCCUUUUUUAUCAAUAGUACAUCAUGGCACAUGUUAAUCUGUGUGUGUGUGUGUGUGUGUGUGUGUGUGUGUGUGUGUGUUUAGAUGGGGGUGUGUGUAUGUGCAUGCUUGCAUGUCCUGUGCACGUCAUAGACUGCGGAGUCCCCUUUGUGUGUUUGUUUGUGUAUGUAUGUAUGUGUGUGUGUGUGUGUGUGUGUGUGUGUGUGUGUGUGUGUGUG